AUCACAUGUAAGAGAAUGAUCCUCGUCACUACGACGGUGCAGCGCAGACUAAAUAUAUCUAGUUUUCAGAGCAAUACACGCAUUCAACGAUGCCGCCUGUCCAAACAAGGAUAUCGGGCCACGGCAAGGUGAACCCAUAUGCAAGCGCGGUAUACGGCGAAGGAGAAGUCAUUCUACGACUUGGAAACGGUGGCGCUGGCGCAACCGGAUUGCUAGAGGCUCUGGCUUACGGCUACCUGGCAACUCUACGUGUCCCGGCCUCAAUUUCAUGGGUUGCGAACCACUCGCGGAACACACAGCUUGCUUUGCUGCAGGGACACAUAGAUAUCGCUUUGACAUACGAGCGCGACCAGGAGGCAUUAGCAGAAUCCGAGGGGUGGUCAGUUACAAAGGGAUGUCUCUUUCAUGACCAUUUUGUUAUUGCCGGUCCUCGGUCUGACCCAGCCAGUAUCAGGGGCGCCGGUUCACCGGCGGAAGCUUUGGGGCGGAUCGCUAGAACGCGGAGUCUCUUUCACAGUCGACAGGACGGUUCGGCCACAAUGUACAAAGAGGCCAAGUUGUGGAAUCAGAAUGGGUUGACUCCUUGGAGCGAUGCGAGCGACGCAGAUUGGUUCAAGCAGUCAGCUGUUCCUCCGGCCGAAGCGGUCCGAAAAGCUGAUGCUGUGGGCGCGUACCUUGUCACGGACAGGUCAACUUUACUCCGCCAGACAGGACUGCAGGCCAUAUCGCAGACCACCGUGUUCUUCGAGCCUUCAAACGGGGACGAUGAACUGAUGAACAGCUGCUACGGUUUGUGUUCACCGAACACGGCCGGUGAUCAAACGAGCAGACCGAAUGAUUUCAUAGACUACCUCCUAUCUGAGACAGGCCAGUCCAUCGUUAAUUCUUAUGGUUUGCGAGACUGCGAGCUGCCCUUAUUUGCAUCGAUCAAGGAAGGUUUUGCACGAACAAGGUUGACAGGAGGAUAUCCAAGAGCUGGAAGGUGGGUAAUGGAGGCUUCGCCUUAAUAACUAGCCUACGCAAACUGAAUGAUGUUUGCUUUGACUAAUUGUGUAACGUAUCCUUGGGCUUUGUUCAAUCGUCAUUUUCAGCGUCUUUCAAAAUUAUGCAUCGUC